AUGAGUUGUUUUUCAUGUUUUUCAUCUCGUGUAAAGAAAUUAUCCAAGAAUAAAAGUAGCAGAAAUAGACGGCCACCGCCUGCCGCCCAACAGCAUAGAGAGCUGCCGCCUCAGCCACGGCCACGGCCGCAGCCACGACAAUCACAAUCCCAACAACAUUCCCAACUGCAGCUUGAAAAGCCUAGAAAGAAACAAACAGAAGCUACAAAAAAUAAGGCUACUGAAAAAGGAGGAGGCAACAACAACAUUGCAGCCCAAACUUUCACCUUCCGGGAGCUGGCUACAGCAACGAAGAAUUUCAGACAAGAAUGUCUCAUUGGAGAAGGUGGAUUCGGACGAGUUUAUAAAGGUCACCUAGAUAAAACAGGACAGAUUGUAGCCGUGAAGCAACUUGAUCGUAAUGGACUACAAGGAAACCAAGAAUUUCUUGUGGAGGUUUUGAUGCUGAGCCUUUUACACCACCAGCAUUUGGUAAAUCUGAUAGGAUAUUGUGCUGAUGGAGAACAACGACUUCUAGUAUACGAGUACAUGACAUUGGGAUCCUUGGAAGAUCAUCUACUAGGAAGAAGAGCAGUUGAUACUACACGAAGACAUGAACAGCAAAAUCUAGUGACUUGGGCAGAACCGAUAUUCAAGGAACCGAGUAAGUUCUCAGAACUGCUUGAUCCACUGCUAAAAGAUGAUUUUCCGAAGAAAAGUUUCAAUCAAGCAGUUGCUGUUGCAGCCAUGUGUCUUCAAGAUGAUGCAUCGAUCCGGCCUUUAAUGAGAGAUGUUGUUACUGCACUUAGUUACCUUACUGGACCUGAAACAGGAUUGGCUUCGGCUGUUUCAUCUCCCUCUCCUUCUCCAUGUCCCUCUCCUCGGACGAACGAAAUUACAGCAGAUGAACGAAAGAGAGCAGUUGCAGAAGCCAUGGAAUGGGGCUCAAAUUCGAGAAACAUUACGAAAAAUCUCGCCUGA